AUGGCAAAGAAGCAAGGCAGCGAACGAGGGAGAAAUGGUGGUCGAGGUGGUGGUCGCGACAACGGAGGUCCCAGUACCAGCACCGGCACCAGCAAGGCGGUGCCAACCAAUUGGCCGUCCGAUGUGGCGUAUCUGACGACGCCCGUGUAUGCGGGCAUCGCGCCGUGGCAGCGCACGAUGCUUCAGACGCAGCCGGGCGAAGAGGGAGGAGGUCGAGGUCAGGGUCGAGUGGUGGCGCCGCUGUCUGAGAUCCCGUCGAUUCAGCGUUUCGGUCCCAGCAGCCUGGUGGAGAUUCGGACGAUCGACGACGCCGGCCAUCCGGCCUGCGGCCAGCGCGGACUUUUUGCGGCACAGCAGCUUCGAGCAGGCUCGUUUCUGGUGCCGUAUUUCGGAGUGUAUCACCGGGGACACGUUUCGGUCAGCGGCGGUGGCAGUCGUGGCCGCAAGGAGUCUGACUACGAUCUCUGGCUUGACCGGGCGGCCGACGUGGCUGUAGAUGCGGCCGAGGCUGGAAAUGAGGCGCGCUUCGUCAAUGACUAUCGCGGCACUGGAAAGCCGCGGCCCAAUGCUGAGUUUCGCGAGGUCUGGGACCCGCGGCGUGGCGAGCGCGGCAUGGCUGUGUUUGUGCUGCCGGCAGGAAAGCGGGCGGCAGCAGGUACUGGUGGCAUCGCCAAGGGCGACGAGAUCCUCGUCAGCUAUGGCAAGGGAUUUUGGGAAAUGCGGCAGAAGGAGGAGGAGGGGAAGGGAGAGGAGAAGGGGGAAAUGGAAAUGCAGGAUGCUCUGAAAGUACAGCAAGUACAACCAACACAACAAUCACCUGACAUCGACCUCACGACAGACUACAGGCCAACCACUGUCAAAUCCAUCACAUACGCCCGUGCAGCAGCAAAGACGACAGCUCGAUGA